GUCUUCCUCCCCAGAUCGUGCGUACCUUUGUCUCUUUCUCCCUCUUCCCUUCUCCAGGUCGAACAGGAGGAACUCGAUCCUAUUCACUUCGCACAACCUCAACUCAAUUCCCCUGGAUGCAGCCCUGCAUUUCGGACACGACAGAACUUCAACGACUCUCUCCGACCUCGUCCGAAUCGAUUUGAUUUAAACUCGUCGACCGAAAUCCUGUCUCCUAGCGACAUUGUUUCAGCGCCAAUACCAGCAGCACCCGUUAGGAUACCGACUGAGCAGACUUGGGGGACAAUCGAGCAAGAGGCUUAGCAGGAAAGAAAGAGAAAGGAAUCUAUUGCCAUACGGCUCUCGUCGGCACUUCGUUACUCUCAUUCAUGUCACUAUUUUCGACCACGACUUUUGCCAACCAGUAGACGAUGCCGCGCAACGACUUCUUCUUACACUAGCCGACCCUGAACAACUUCUCGACGACGACACCCGAAUCUCUCAGGCGCAACCCACCCUUCAACUUGCCGCGUCUUGACGACGCCGGCUCACCGUACCACUCUUUGGAAGCAGGUUUCUUCGACGACAAACCGCCAUCAUGUUGCGACCGGCAACCCCCAUGUCGGUGCUGCUCUUUGCGGCCUUCGCCUUGCUUCUGCUGUCUACCCUAUCGACCCCGAUUAUUAAGGCUAUUCCGCUGGGUAGUUUCAAGGGAGCCAACUUUGGAGUCUUUGGCGUCUGCAAGGCAGACGGCACUUGCGAAGGCCCUGAGAUUGGUUAUGACACGACACGAGUUUUUGGAGCCGCGGACAGCAAGGGGGCUUUUGACCUCCCAGACUCUGCCCGAAACACUCUGUCAGCCAUCUUGAUUGUACAUCCUGUCGCUGCCCUCGCGACUCUCAUCAUGUUCAUCAUGGCUGCCGUCGCUCACCUUCACUCGCCCUCUCAUUCUGCGAGAUACCUUCUCGCCCUCUUCAUCUUCUCUUUCAUCGACUUCCUCAUCUGUCUAUUGGCUUUCCUCGUUGAUGUUCUCCUCUUCGUCCCUCACAUGGCAUGGGGCUCAUACAUCGUCCUUGCUGCCACCAUUCUUGUCGGAAUGAGCGGUCUGGUCUCGUGUGCUAUGCGCCGCAUGUUGGUCAGCAGAAAGGCCAGGAAGAAGAGAAUCGCCGAGAACGCUGAGAUGAGCGGAGAGAAUUACUACAAUCGCGAGGCUCAGGUAAAGACUGCUGCGUCGGUCGCCUCCCAGCCUACUGUUCCCGUUGUCAGCGGAGGAAACGGCAUUGAUAAGAUGCCAACCUUUGCCUCAUUCGAAUCUCAGAAGAACAAUGACCAGGUCAGCGAUGAACGUAUCCCUCUCACAGCAAGAAGUCCCGUCAAUGGCUCUCAAGGCGUCAUGACUGCUAGCGAUGCUCCUCCUUCACGAUCUGGUUCUGUCCCACCGAUUCAGAGAGAUCCUUACGGAAACCCGCUGCCGCCUCAAGAUGGAUUCGGCCCAAGAAGAGGUCCCUCGCAGGAGCGCAUGAGAGGUAGGGGCGGUAUGCCUCCUGGAGGAUUCAGAGGGCGCGGUGGUGGCUACGGUGGCAGAGGCGGAUAUGGUGGCUACGGCCCUCCGCCUCCAGGAAGAGGUGGCUAUGGAGGUCCUCCCGGACGAGGAGGUUAUGGUGGCCCUCCACCUGGUGGUCGGGGCGGAUAUGGCCCGCCACCCCCUCGCGGCGGCUUUGGACCAAACGGUAUGAGAGGGGGCCGACCACCUCCGCCAGGCUAUCAACCCGGACCUGGUGGUCCCGGAGGUCCUGGACCGUACGACCGUCGUCCAAGCCCAGCCAACGGCUACGGUGGUCCUCCUCCUGGCGGCCCCUACGGACGUCGUUCCAUGGAUAUGGCCCCGGGAUACACCAGUUCGAACAACCUUACAAACCCUUCUCUCCCAUCUAUCCCUCAACAAGAGCAGGGCUAUGAAGCCUACAACCCUCAGCGUCAGAGCUUACCGAGAGCUGAAUCACCCCCGCCUCUCCCUGGCCACGACGGACAGCCAAUGGUUGGCCAAGCGGUUGAGAUGGACGCCGCUACAGGAAGCCCUGCGCAUCCACCUGCCGGUUUCGGUCAGUUCCGUGACAGUGACGCUGACAUUGCCGGUAUGGUCGGGCUCCAGCAGCAGCAAAACGGCGGAAACAGGUCUCACCCUCAGAGGCACGACACGUACAUGAGCGAGGCGAGCAGGUACAGCCAAGACGAUGCCUAUGUCCCACCUCGUCAGGCUUGGAACCAGAACCAGGCCUCAUCACGCACGGCGUCUCCGCUGCAACAGCAACGCUCUGCUGAGAUGCUCAACCGAAGCUCGCCUGCGCCAGCAGCCAGCGAUUAUUACGAAGAUGUCGAUCCGCGCUUCGCGGACGCGCCAGCACCGGCACCGGCUCAAAGAGCAGGUCCCCCGCCUGGCCUUCAGGUACCUCUACCCGCGCCCAAUAUGUAUGAUGACGCUCAUGCGGAUGCCGGUGCACGUAGUCCUGGCGCAGAGUCUGAUCUGUCCAACUUCACCUCAAUAUCCCAGAGAGGGGUAAACCCGAGGUGGAAUCCUGCGCCGCCAAUGCCAGGGUAUGGUCAGCCGAUGCCACCCCGACGACCCGUCCAACAGCGAAGGCAAGACAUGCUCUUGAACAACAACCCCGACUUUGAGCUUCCAGGCAGUCGCCUCGGCCCCCCAUCCCGAGCAGGAGGCACCGGCAUGAUACCCGGCAGUGCGUAUCCGCAAGGCCUCUAAUUACAAUCCCUUCCCUUUUCACUCGACCGUAAUUGGUUCUUUCUCGUCAGUCGAGUCAACUCGCCAAGUAUAUACACCAAUAGUGGGAUGCCUGGCAUUUCAUUUCUCAACCUUCCUUGAACAACACGAGUCGCAAUUUUCGAGUCUCAGCACAGGCUCAUGAUGUCUUUACAGUCAUGUCCUUCAGCCGAUACCCCAAGCAAUAUUCAGUUCUCGUCCGCCCAGUACAUACACCGGACUCGUGGAUUUCUUCAAAACGGGCAUUCUCUUCUUUCAAAUGCUUCAUUGCAUCGAAGCAGCGUGGAUGAAAAUUAGUUUCGACUCCAACAUUCACCAAACCUUUUCCUGAGUCGUUUACUACAAACACGGGCCACUUUGGCCUUUCUUCUCUUUUAGAUGAUUCAGAGUUGCAUCCCAAGGCUCCCUGACACUGUUGCCUACUAGGGCAGCCAACUCUUUGGAUCAUGUCUGAUUUCUCAAGCUCAACGAUCCUGGAACAAAGCAUGUGGGAUAUGAUAGAAUACUGUUGAAGCAUGUGUAGGCUAUCUGGUCGCGGUUGAUUACGACCUUUUUUCUUGAUGAGCGGUUUCAUGGUGGCGUGUGUGGAUAUGAUUAAAAACAAAUGGUUUCAGGAUCGUCGGCUUGGCUCUUUGAGCCCGCCCUUCAGCUAUCUUGCAUGUGACGAGGAAGCUAGGAAUCGAGGAAAGCUGGGUCUCGCCGCGGUUGGUGCCUGACAUACGUUGUUCGCUGAGAAUGCGUGCGAGACCUUGGUAUCAUAGUGAAGGGUGAUGGCAGAGAGAAUACGAGAG